GGCACAAACACUUCCUCCAUCUAUCAACUCCCAUCCAACGGCUACAAUUUCACUACACCAAUAGCCAAGGAAACAAAAAUUAUAUCACCAUUGCCUGUUUCACUAUCCUCACCUGCUCUGCAAAUUUGAGAGGAAGAAAAGAAAGCACAACUUGCAAGCAAAUAAAUAAAAUGGCCUCUCUUCCCAUUGCCUUCGCUUCUCCUACUGUUAGAGUGUAUGCAGCCACAGCAGCCAAGGGAGCAGGCGGGAGUAAAGAGGAAAAGGGAUUUCUUGAUUGGGUUCUUGGGAAUUUGCAGAAGGAAGAACAGUUCUAUGAGACUGAUCCUGUUCUCAAGAAAGUAGAGGAGAAGAGUGGUGGUGGCGGCGGCACCACCUCUGGCCGCAAGAACUCUGUGUCAAUCCCACAGAAGAAGAAAGGCAAUGGAGGAGGAUUCGGUGGGCUGUUCGCCAAGAAAUGAAAUAUAGAGAUACUAGUCUCUUGUUGUCUUUCUCUCCCUGUCUUCACUUGGAUGUCAUUGAUGAUUCAUGAACUCUUAAAGUUAAGACCAACAUGUGCAGAAAAGUAUUGAAAUUAGAAAAAGAGAAGAAAAAAAAAACAUCUACUCGAGUUUUGUACCAUGAAAACCCAAGGAAUCUAACUGGCUUCAAUGGUCAGUUAUAGAGACAAUUGAGAUAGUUUGGACAAACUGGGGUAGAAUGAAAGAUAUGGCAUAUUCGAGUUGCAUUGCAGAAAGGAAGAAUGGCAGAGGUGACCUAAAGCAUCAAUGGCUGAUCAUGGCAUGCUUUGAGAAUUGAGAACCCUUCAAAUGAAACAAACAACUUUUCUCUGUUCUAAUCUUUGAUAAGAAAGCUCAAAAGAGGAAAGUUUUUGCCCGAAACUUAUCCAGUAGAAGAACUGAAACUAACAGAUUUCUUUUCUCACAAUUACAUAAAUGUUAUGAAAAAAAAGGAAACAAAAUUUUCAAUAUUAACUAGGAUUACCAGUAACAGAAUUUGAUCUAGGGAGAGAAGAAGAGUUGAUGAACUCAAUGCAAUCUGAUAUAGCUUCAGUUCUGUGAGUAUCAAUAGGAGCUACUAGCGGCCUCGGUCUUCCUGCAGAUGAAUGUCUCCUCCAUGAACGUAGGGCUUUUGCCACCUUACUCUCAAGACUAUUGAGAAAAUUCAAAGGUGAAAGUUGUGAUCUUUUUGGUAGUCUGAAUCCACAACAUCCAGAGAGGCCCCUGUUUCCAGCAGCUUUUUUACUAACAGAGUUCUGUGUUUGGGAAAUGGCUUUAUUGAUCAUGCUUGGUCUAUUAUUCUUUGUUGACAUGACUAUAACUUCUCUUUGACAGUGAGAGAUUGAGAGUAGAAUAUGGGGAAGAUGAGGCAGAAUUGCAGAUUUGCAGUUGCGAGAUCUUGGCAUAUAUAAAGAAGAGAACACCAGAACAGUAUCAAAAAUUAAAAAGGCACUGGUUUAGGGGUAAGAAAGAUGCUAGGAAAGUUUCUGGUUGAGGUAGAAAAUGCCUAUUGAAAAGUUACUUCAAUAUAAAGUAAAAGAAUAUCUUAAAAGCAAAUACAAAUAAUUGAGGAUGCAGUAGAAGAUUGUCCUAAAAUGCAAAGUCAGCAGUUUUCCUUCAUAGAAAAGAUUGAUCAGUUUCUCUUUGUUCACUUGUAUCAAAUGACUAAUGAUAACAUUUCACGUUGUAAAUGAAUAAACAAGAUGAAAUAAUAGAGACAUGAUUUUCUUUAUAAAACACAUACGUCAUGACAGAUGCAAGAAGAUGCUCCUGCAAGACAACAAAUGAAAGAUAUAGAGCAAAGAUUAUUUAGUGGGGACAAAGAAUCACAAAGGAAGCACUUACACACACACACACGAGGAGUAUAUAAAGGCAUCAACUAGAUCACAUGGUUGCAUCUAGCAGGGAACAUCCUGACAGACAGGAAGUGGGCUCUCCAGAAAACCAUGCCUUUAACUAAGAGGUGAAAAGAAACACAGUGUUUUCAUAUUCCUAUCACAUUUUCUUGCUUUUCAGUCUGAGAGAAAGCUGCUUUCACUUGUGAAAACUCUUCACCGACAUAAUAUUUCUUUGCUCAACUUGCAAUUCUUGGUUUCCACACACCAAAAUACAAAAUAAGUGUCCAAGGUCGGCAUUAAAAAGUUGAAUAGCAGUUAGGAAGACAUGACAGGUCUCCAAGACAAGAGAAUCUUAAUAUGGGUUGCAGCGAGAAGGGACUACAUAAAUAAACGAGAAAAAAAGAAAUUACUCCAACUUUAUAAAAUAAGCCAUUAUAAUUGCGUAGAUGCGUCUAAGCAACAUAUGCAGAUUAACGUAGACAGUUGAUAUCACCAGACACAUGACAUUUCAACAAAAAUAUUUACCUUAAUAAAACAUUUCUCUUUUCUGUAAGCAUUCAUACAUGGCCAUCUAAUCAGAAGUACAGUCAUGUAUCCGUGACCCAAUAUAUUCUUGCUUCACAUUAACGUUAAAUUUUUUAGACAAAUACUAUCAGCUCCUAGAUUUUUUUAAAAAAAAUUAUAUUGAUUCAUUUUUAUUUAAAAAUUACUCAAUUAAAAUAUUGUUAUAUUUUGUAAAAGCUUUGAUGGAGCUAGCUUGGAAUAGAAGAAAUCACGUACUUCAUUCGGUAAUUCAAUCAUGACCCAUGCAGUCUAGUGAUGAUUUAGUUAUUUACUCCUAUCUACCAUAAUCAUUUCCAU